AUGGCGGGCAACUGUACAUCGAGGCAUACUUGUCGGAUCUGCCGCCGCAAGCAUCAUACUUUGGUUCAUGGCUCGUCGCAGCCAAUUCAAAAUGGCAACAACAUUGACACAGCAAGUGUUGACAGCCGCGAUCGACCAGCAGUCUCACAUGCGGGAUCUACAAUUGGCCACAAUCAACCGCUAGCUCGAAAAGGUCAUCGCUUGGGAUGCGAGACUCCCGCGGAAAACAACUUUACGCAUCAUACUCUGGAGAAUAUUCCGGCGGCUGGUUCUCAGACUCUGUUGCCAACUAUCCUUGCUGACGUCAUCGCCGCCUGGGGAAACACUACAACCUGCAGGCUGCUUCUGGACACUGGAUCUACAAUAACCUUGGCAUCGGAAUCAUUUGUUCAGCGAAUAGGCGUGCGUCGAACGCACGCACGGAUUUCUAUUCUCGGUCUCGCCGCCAACAGCGCGGGCGUUACCCGUGGACGCGCACAUAUCAAGCUGCAUUCUCGUCAUUCGGGCCAAACUGUCGAAUUGGUCUCGUUCAUUCUCAACUCGCUGACGUCAUCACUUCCUACCCAAGUUAUUGACACCUCAUCCUCUACGUGGAGGCAAAUCUGCGAGCUUCCUUUGGCAGACCCAACGUUCUGCACACCUGGAGCAAUCGAUGUCAUUGUUGGAUCGGAUCAACUUUGGUCUCUAUACACAGGAGAUCGGAAACACUUUGGUAACGACUUUCCUAUCGCUCUCAAUACUGUAUUUGGUUGGAUUCUUGCAAGCUCUUACUCUGCAUUCGAUGAUCAACCUACUUCUGCGGUUACUCAUCACGCGGACCUAGACACAAUGGUUUGUUCAUUCAUGGAGAUGGACAGCAUUCAGCCUAACCAGGCUCUCCUGGACGCCAGCGAUCCCACAGAGCGUCAUUUUGCUGCCACACACAAGCGCUCGACGGACGGGGUGUACGUCGUCGAGUAUCACUUCAAGGAGAAGGCACCGCCUAUUGAUUCAACCUUGCCACAGGCCAUCAAUCGCUUCUUCUCGCUGGAACGCAAAUUUCGUCGGUAUCCAGAAUUGAAGCAGCAGUACGAAGCUUUCCUGGACGACUACUUGCAACGUGGACAUAUGGAACAACUGACCUCGGCUCAGGUUGAGGAGUCCCCAGACACCUGCUUCUAUUUGCCGCACCACGCUGUCAUCAAACUGGACAGUCUGACUACAAAAUGUCGUGUAGUUUUUGAUGGAUCAGGAAAGGACAGCUCUGGAGUAUCGCUCAAUGACAGACUACAUAUUGGUCCACCGAUUCAACGCGAUCUUCUUGGCGUUUGUCUACGCUUCCGGCAGCACCAAUAUGUUUUAUGCGCAGAUGUCGAAAAGAUGUUUCGAGGCAUUAAAAUCUUUAAGCCACACACCAAUUUUCAGCGCAUUGUUUGGCGCAAGACUGAGAAUGAACCUCUGCUUCAUUUUCGCCUGCUGACGGUUACCUACGGAUUGGCACCGUCACCAUUUCUGGCUGUUCGAGUUCUAAAGCAACUUGCCGACGAUCAUGGCCAUGAAUACCCUGCAGCAGCUCACGCUCUUCUGCACGAUGCCUAUGUGGACGAUAUCCCUACAGGCGCCAACACAUUCGAGGAGCUUAUGAUUCUCAAGGACGAGCUUAUAGCCCUCUUGGAUAAGGGAAAAUUCAAGCUACGCAAAUGGAGUUCUAAUAGUUGGCGUCUUCUGAAAUCAUUACCAGAGGAAGAUAGAUGUUUUGAACCUAUCCAGCUCCUCAACAAAUCAGCUGCGGAUUCACCUGUCAAAGUUCUUGGUAUCCAAUGGAACCCUGGGAAGGACGUUCUGUAUCUCAACCUAAAGGGAUGCGAUGCGACCAUUUCUCCGACGAAAAGAGAACUCUUGUCUCAGCUAUCAAGAAUUUAUGAUCCGCUUGGACUGGUAGCGCCGGUCACAGUUCUACUCAAGCUAAUCUUCCAAGAAAGCUGGACAAGUGUCCUGCAGUGGGACGACCCCAUUCCUGAAAGUCUACGUACGCGCUGGAGAGCCUUAGUAGAGGUUUUGCCAGCACUUACGCAAUGCCAAGUACCACGGUAUAUUGCGUCACCAUUUCAAGAUGUUCAACUACACGGAUUCGCCGACGCAUCCUCGCACGCCUACGGUGCGGUAGUUUACGCUCGAGUUGCAGUUGGAUGCAGCUUUCAAGUAACUCUGGUUGCCGCCAAAACACGGGUGGCCCCGAUCAAGCCCGUAUCAAUUCCACGUUUGGAGCUAAACGCUGCGUUACUUCUAUCUCGAUUGCUUUCUAUUGUCAAAACAUCACUAACAAUUCCUCUUUUCAGCACGAGCUGCUGGACAGAUUCAGAAAUUGUGCAACACUGGCUUUCAGCUCCCCCUCGACGGUGGAACACCUACGUCUGCAACCGAACUUCUGAGAUAUUGAGCGACUUUCCCCGUAGCUGCUGGAACCAUGUUCGCACGGAAGACAAUCCUGCUGAUUGUGCUUCCCGAGGACUUCAUCCGUCAAAGCUUCUGGAGCAUCGACUGUGGUGGAAAGGUCCGUCCUGGCUGGCCACACCCACCUCUGAGUGGCCACCUUCUACAAGCAAGUUCAGCGUAUCUUCAAAUUUCGAUGUCAACACCGAAGAACGAGCCAUAAAGCCCACGACUCUACAUAACUUUCCUGAUGAAAGUAUACACGAGUUACUCAUCCACAAAUUCUCAACAUGGACGCGUCUUAUAAGGGUAUCUAGCUACUGUCAUCGCUUUAUUCACACUCUUCGAUCUCAUCAUAGGAAUUCGGCACCAUUCCUUACGUCUGAAGAGUUGCUGGACGCACAGCGCCGACUUCUUCGACAUGUGCAACAAAAAUCCUUUGCCAGAGAAUAUGCGCAGCUAGAGAAUCGACGCCAGCUUAACGCUAAAUCGCAUCUUAUCCGGUUUUCUCCGUUUCUGGAUGAUUAUGGAGUAAUGCGAGUCGGUGGGAGAAUUGAGCAAUCUACACUCAACUACAACGCCAAGCACCCGAUUCUGAUACCUAAAGAUACACCACUAGCUGGACUGCUGGUUCGACAUUUUCAUGUCUCCUAUCUGCACACUGGAGUUGAUGCAACGUUCACCAAUCUUCGUCAGCAGUACUGGAUUCUGGGAGCCCGCAAUCUCGUCAGAAAGGCAGUCUUCCAAUGCAAAUCCUGUUUUCUUCAACGAAAGGGCACAAGCAACCAGAUCAUGGGAGAGCUACCAAUUCCUCGAGUUCAAGCUAGCCGCUGCUUUCAACACACAGGGCUGGACUACGCUGGACCGAUCAAGGAAUCAAAAGGAAGAACUCCACGCAUCGGAAAGGCAUGGUUUUCUAUUUUCGUGUGCCUCACUACAAAGGCACUUCACAUCGAGGUUGUUAGUGAGCUAACUACACAGGCUUUCAUCGCAGCUUUUCAACGAUUCAUUGCCCGCCGAGCGAAGCCUACUGACCUGUAUUCGGACAACGGAACUACAUUUCAUGGAGGCAAGCGAACUUUGGAUGACAUGAGACGUCUGGCCAUUCAACAAGCCAAAGAUGAGGAACUAGCAGGAUUCUUUGCCAAUGAAGGGAUUUCUUGGCACUUUAUACCCCCGUCUGCUCCCCAUUUUGGAGGGAUGUGGGAAGCUGGAGUUCGCUCAAUUAAACUCCAUAUGAAACGGAUACUUGGAUCAAAGGCUUUAACGUUUGAGGAGCUCUCUACUGUCCUGACCCAAAUUGAAGCUAUCCUGAAUUCACGCCCGCUGUGCCCAACUGGGGAUAAUUCUUUGGAUCCACUGACGCCUGCUCAUUUUUUGACUGGAUCUCCGUAUACUGCAUUGCCUGAACCCUGUCGUCUGGAUAUGCAAGUCAAUCGAUUGGAGAGUGGAAUCAGCUGCAAGCCAUGGUUCAAGGCUUUUGGAAAAGGUGGCAUAUGGAAUACCUGA